AUGAAGUUCACUCUCCUCUCCACCCUCGCCUUCACGGCCGCCGUCAUCGCCUCCCCAACCCUCAUUGCCCAACGCUCCGACGACGGUGGGAAGUGUGCCGCCGCAGGUGGAACCACAAGCUGCUGCUCCCGCGUGGAAUCCGUCAACCCCAAUGAUCCACAAUCGAUCAAGAAGCUCACCGCACCGGGUGGUCUGCUCACGAACCUCGUCAACCUGGAUAUCGGUGCGCUUAUCAAGGAUACCACCGCACAGGUUGGACUUGAUUGUAAGUUUGACUCUAUCUACAUAUGUUUGUUUUACAAGUGACAGCGUCUAAUCAAUGGGGAUUUGACUUUUAGGCAAUGUUCUCGCGUUGACGAAUUGUAAUAACGUGAAUGUCUGCUGUGGCAACACGCAGAAGGUGCAGAGUGCUAACCCCCUUGGUGGUGUAAGUUGCUUUCUUUCUUCCUUCCCCCCUCUCUCUCCCCCCUCCGUCCCCCCAACCAAGACCUACAGGGAGAAGCUAAAGAGAGAUAUGUGUAGCUCCUCGGUCUCCAAAUCCUCGAAAAUGUGCCUAUCAAUGUUUGUGGUGUCGUGGUCCCAGUCAAUGUCCUCUAA